CGAAACUCAAUCUACCAAAUCACAAAUACUUAAGCCCGAUAUAUUAGAAGAUUCCUCAAGUGAUUCAGAAAGUGAGAUUUUUAACCCACAUACCUAUCAAAUAGCUGAAAAAAUAAAAUAUCUCAAAGAACAGUUAGAGAAAUAA